AUGUCUACUUAUACAGGCGCUCCAUUCCCUGCAUCGUGUGCUCUGGAUACAGAGCUCCUGGAACGCCCUCCCGGCGCGAAAGAUGAUUCGGCACAAUCGGAGAGCGAGGCAAAGACUAUACAAUAUAUUCCAGGAAAUCCUGGUGUCGGACUUCUACGCAGUCAGGUCCAUGAUCAUCUUUCCAAUGAAUUAGCAACCCCGCUCCUGGAUGAGCUGUACACCCACCUGUGGCUAGUUGCAAAGAAAUCUGGUCGUCAUAUCGACGCGCUGCAUACGCAAAAGGUCAAGGGACGCGCUAUUAUCCCAAAUGAAGACCCGCGACUCCAUCUCAUUUGGAACAAGAACAAGAUCUACAUCAAGCCUGUACCCUUGUAUUUGGUGAACUAUGAGUUUUGGGUACGGUAUCUACAGCCUCUGAAGCGAGUAUUAUCGUCGGAAAAGUCUUCCCUUGUUCCCAAAAUUCCCGAGCCAGCCGCUAUGGUAUUCGAUAGCUCGAUUGCAAUAGGGUUUAUGCGCUCAUACGCAUCUCUUAUCAAGUGCCCUCUAGACCUUGCGAUCGCAAAGGAGUGUUAUCUGAUUCCAGCUGAUAUUGACUGGAUUGGAUGGUCGAUCUUCAUCAAUCACUUUCGUGUUGUUGGAGACGAUAGGGUUGCAAAGCGAUACCACUAUGGACAGCUGCGUCUGUCCCGACUAAACUGGGCUGUCCGGAUAUUCCGUCCACAGCACACUAGCACCAGAUGGUUCUACGAGAAUUCCUACUGGUCCACUGGCGAGUUUAUGGAGAGAGCAACUUUCCCUUUGGUCUUCCUAUUUGCCAGCGUAUCUAUAGCUCUUUCAUCGAUGCAAGUUGCGCUCGCCGUUCCGGUGGACCGGCUUUGGUCUCAUGGUUCAGGCGAUCAUGAGCUAAAAGAGAUGAGCAGAGCAUUUUGGCUCUUUUCUAUUGCCGUCGUACUUCUGUGGCUGUUGACAUGGGUUCUCCUCCUUGGUAUUCCCCUUCUUGCUUUGUGUUCGCAAGUUUUCUGGGGACUCAGAAAUCGAGAGAAACAGGCAAAAGAUACCCCUACCGUCUAG